AUGGGAAGUGUAGAUAUGCUAACACCUUCUCUCCCGACUUUUGUUCUUUCUUCAACAUAUGAUCCUCCUUCUUCACGUACAUGGUCACGAACUCGUUCUUUCUCCGCACCACCUACUAUCGAAAAUGGUAUUCCACCUACUACGGCUUCAAUCUACAAUACUACUCUUCCUCCUACUUCUGUCAAUGUAAAUCGACCUCAUUUAUCAUUCCCUCCUUAUACUGCCUCUCGACAAUUGAUCAAUCUUUUAAAUCCACCCAAUAACAAUGUAAACGACCCACGGAUGUUCUCAAAUCUUGUUAAUCCUCUUUAUCCUUUACAUCCAACUGAUCAUCCUCGUCCUUCGGUUUCUGUUCCUGUUCGUGGUCCUUCCGAUCCCUACGGUCCCUCUCACCCCGCCCUUGGAACACCUAUAUUGAUUCCUCUUCCGGUACCUCCUUUCGAACCUUAUGGUACUUUGACAAAUUCAGGUCAAGUUAGUGAACAAGCUCCAGGAGUAUUGGAAGAAUUAAAAGCUGUACAAGGAACACCUUCUACGAGACAUAAAGUCUUACCUUGGGUAGAAAUGACACAAGGACAAGAGUUUGAAGAUACUCCAGGUUUAUUUGGACCUUACGAUUCUCAACCCCCUACUCGUCCAGGCACACGCGAUCCCACACUUGUCGAUUCCACAAUCCCUCAUCCACCUGCACGAUCCAAUCACCCAUUCGCCUACACGCCUAUCAACACUGUCCCUUUCUCCGUCCUUGGUCCACCCAACAAUGGGAACGGGAUUAUCGAUGCUACGGCCGCUUUGGCCGAACAGGAUCGUAUGCGUAAUCGGGAAAGUGAGGUUCUCAGUCGAGGGGCUGGGAUGAGGGUAUCAAGUCAACCACAAGGGCCGCUGGUCGGUGUAGUGGAAGGCGAUUUGACACCAGGUAAGACUGGGAGUGCGGUGAGUGCUGGAAUGGGAACUUUUGGGAGGGAACCAAGUGUAGAGCCGGUUCCUAUUCCUGCGGGUAUACCAUGGGGUGGACAAGUGAAAGGGAGCCCUACGAAAACAGCUAGCUCACCAAGGAAACCUGUCCCUAGUCAAACACCUCGUACUCCUGGUCCAGCCCCAACGCAACCUCUUCCUCCACCCCCCAAAACUCCCUCAGCCCCGGCCCGUCCUCGUACAACCGGCCCUCAAGUUGACACCCAAUCUCAGGCCGGUCCUCAUGUACAUCAUCCCCACCCCGAACACCCAUUCGAUGUCGGUGAAGCAGCACGCAAACAAGCCGAAGCUAUGCAAGCUGCUCGUGCAGAAGCUUUAGCUCAAUUAGAAGCCGCGACUCGUACUUCACCUCAAGCUCCUGAUACUCGUCAAACAGCCAUCGGUCAGCUCGUUCCGGAGGGUCUGGGAACAGGACAGAAAGGUCCAAGACAGACAUAUGAAACUUCUACCAGUGGACCUUCUUUCGGUCAUUUGUUACAUCAAGAUGGACGUCCUAUCACAGGCAGGUUUUCUGCUCAACCAGAACCUCCAAAUCCCGCUUCUCGUGGUAGUGUUGGAAUAGGAGGAGCAGGAGCUUUCUUCAGAAUACCUUUUGGAGUUCCAUUAGGUUUAGGAGUUCCGAGACCUUUGAUGGUCAUGAGGUCUGAUACGGGUUUAGGAAUGGGAUUAGGUUUGACACCGCAAGGUGUACAGCAAGAGGCUAGACAUAUAGGUGAAGUUGCGGACAAAGUGGAAUUGGAUAGGAAAAGUAGGAGUGCUUUUGUGGAAUCGAUUGCAGAUGAAGAAGAACCAGUGAAUCCCAAUGCUAGAUCACCGUCUGUUCCGCCCAAAACAACCGAGCGGGCUAUACAAAAAGCGCCUACCCAGGCAGAUGAGAUAGCGUUUGACCCUGCUCGAGCUAGUAGCCAGAUUCUACUCACUCGUCCUUCAUCUGGUGUUAUUCCUGAAGGCUCCAAUCAACCCUUGAAUAUGCCGCAUUCCAGAGCUCCUACUACGGGCGCACCUUUACCACAUAUCUCAGAAGUCCCAACUUAUCAACCCGCUCCUCCUACGGGAACAGUGAAAUCGGUCCGAUUACCAUCCGGAGCAAACACCAUCAUCCCCGCUCCUACCGUCGCAUCUACCAUCCAUGCUCCACAGCCCGACUCUGCGUCUCUCUUACAAGGAGGAGGUUCAGUGAUCAACGGUAAUCAUUCUCCUUACGCACCAUCGGUGGCUCCAACAACAACAAGCAAUGUACAUCGUUUAGUCGCUGAAAGUGACGAAGCGAAGAAAGCUUUGAACCGUGCGGCUAGAGCUAGGGUGAUAGAGUUGAAAGAUAUGCGUGUGAGAGGGGAGAUGCCACCUGAACCUGUCAUUCCUGAUGUGAAUGAGAGGGAGAAAAAGUCCAAAAGUAAGCGGAGCAAAUCGAGGGAUUCACAUACACAUCGGAAAGUCAGUGGAAGGACGGAGAGAAAUGUCUCAGGACGGAAGGCCGAGAAUGAUUCUCCUCCCCAAUGGGCGCAAGAGAUCAUGAAUCGUCUUGGAGCGUUCGAAUCUCGUUUUUCCGAAUUGGAGAAAAGUCAACAACAAUUUGCCCCUGAUCAAAACGUCCAACAAACUCCUUCAGACGAUCCUACCAUCCGAGGUGAAAUCACUCCUGCCCAGAUGCAAGAUCCUCUUGGAGAUCUAGUCCGUCACCUCAUCCUCCAUGAUCUUUCCGGAUCUCCAGGUGAACCAAUGAUGACGAUCCCAUCUUACUUAAUGGAUCAACCAAGAGCUUCUAUUCAUACCAUUCAACCUACCGCUCCACCCACGAUCGGUUCCAGAGGACGACAAAGUGAACACCAAGUACAACAAUCUAUUCAAGGUACUAUUCCUCAACCUGGAGUCUCUCAAAAUGGGACUGUUCAUCAACAAAGUCUACACCAAAGUCAAAGUCAAACUCAAAGUCCUCAUACUAUCCCUGUCACACAUGUUCCUACUACCCCUGGUACACAUAAUCAAUCAACUACACCAGGUACGAAUCCUCAAAUUAGUGGAAGAGGUAUGACACUUAACGCCGAUCCUUCUGGUGAACUUUUGACUUGGGGUUCAGAUGUUGAAUUUCCAGAACCAGGUGAAAGUGUUCCUCCCCCUAGACCUAAGACAGGUAUGGCACCACCAUCUAUUUUCAUCCAAGCUCCUACGGAUAGUAAUAUGGGUAAAUCCAUGGGUGUUAGUGUUACGCCCAGUGCUAGAGGUACAGCUUUACCCGCCCAAGAAAUACAAACAACGCCCGGAGGAGUUGAUCAAGAUGUUGAUUCGGAUCAUCAAACACAUAAAACCCAUCAGACUCAACAAACUCAGAAAACUCAUCAUACGGCAUUACCAGAUCCACUUCAAAGAGAUCUUCCACCUGUACCAUCUGAAAGUAUAAGAUCACAUCGUUCUUCUCCAGCACAAAUGUCCAAUGAAGGUUAUCCUCCAUUACCACCUUCUACAGCACAUGACCAAGGGCAAUCUAUGAAAGAUUCUUCUAAAGCUUUUUCUGGUAAAACGGUAGGAGGACAAGGAUGGCAAGAAAAUACACCUUCAAUGACGAGAACUGUACCUAUUCAACAAUCUCAAAUAGGUAAGACGACUUCAGUCGCUAGGACAGUACCACCUGGUAUGAUGUACAUUCCUGGUUUGGCACCACUUGGAGAGGUAAUGGGACAAACACAUCCUGGUGUAGAUCCAAUGGGUGGGAUGAGUACUGUACCUCAACAAGUAACGGAUAUGGAAAAUCAGAUAAAUCAACAACAACAAACAAAUAUUCCUAGAGAUUCUCAUAAUUUCUCUUCUCCAACCUUUCAUACAGCCCCACAACCCGGUGAAACGCAACGAGAAGUGACUCAACCUUAUCCCCAACAACAAUCUCAAAUAUACACAGCUCAACAACUCAAUGAACUCCAACCUCAAUCGAAUCAACAACCUUCUCAAUAUCCAAUUCAACAAGGUACAAUGCCACAAACGUAUUUCGUUCCUAUGCCAGAACAUCCGAAGGAAAAAGAUAUGAUCCAUAUUUACGAUCCUGAACAACCUCAUCAGGCUCCUUCUUCAGGUGGAGGUGGAGGGGUCAUACCUCCUUGGGAUUUGAUAACUCAGAGAUUAUAUAGUUGGGCUUUAGUUUGGGAAGAUGAAAGUUUUGUUAGAGCUUUGGAAAAUGUUAGUUUGGGUAAACAGGUCGAAGAGUUUCCUUUGACGGUUUUCACAAUGAUGACUUUUAAACGAUUAUUGAGACACAAUCUAUCCUCCACCCAGCCAAAAAAUUGUGACAAGUUGUUCGUCCCUCCCGCCAUGGCGGACGCCAUCAAUAAUGCUGUACAUGGAAAACACUUUACUUUGGCCCAACAGAUCCUGGAGGAAUUAUGGUAUCCAUUCGGCUUCAACGACCCACCAAGAAUCAUCAUUGCCCUUUCAAAACAUCGUCAAGAACCCGAUCACUGGACCGCACACCGAUUCGACCUGACCAACGGUCAUUUGACCUCUUACGUCGUCCGUACCCCGCUGGCGGGACAAGCGGCGAUGCACGAUGGUAGACCUUUCAUGUGGUGGCAUGCUAUACGUCUCGCAUGGCCUCAGUAUGAUAUACCUCCUCCUGAGAAUAUGAGACAGAGGACGGAAGUGUUUGACAGACCUGUAGAGGUAAAAGGGGAUAAUAGUUUAUUGGCUUCGAAUAUAGCUAGGAAUUUACUUUUGGGAUAUCGUCCGGAAAGACAAACCGACUUGAACAAGAUGCGCGAGCUGGUAUGGACCGAAGUCAAACGAUUGUUGCAGAAGAAACGUACGGGAAGAUUAGCAUUGGAUAUGGAUUCUUCCGAGCAUGUCUACGAAUUGUGA